AUGCCAGAAGCUGCGCACCCAGCUGUUCAACUGCAACGAAUUCAAUUCACUGGCGGUUUGCUGUACGAUGAGAAUGGCACGCUAUACAGAAAUGUGAAUCCAGAAGAACCAACCUAUGUCGGACCCCCAAGCCCAGACAUAGAUGCGGAAUGGGAAGCCUUGAUACAUGAUCGGUACACGCCAUUGACCUCGUCUGAAGCAUUCAGCAUCGGACUUGAAAGCUUUUCACUUCCUCGCAAGCAGUCAUAUUGGGCGGGUGUCGACGUGUUCCAUUCGUUACAUUGCAUCAACUAUGUUCGUAUGGUACUAGACCUUGAUUAUUAUGGGGACAGACUCGACCCGCUUCCUAUCCGUCGGCUCCACGUUGACCACCUGCGCCAAGCUGUGCAAUGUAGUGGCGAUCUUACCCCUGUCCCUGAGAGAUGGGACAAUGUCAGCAACAUGCUCUACUGGGAUUUUGAGGUGCCGCGCACCUGUCGGAAUUUUCAAGCAUUGCGCAGCUGGCAAGACAAACGAGUAGAGCAGAUGAUGAUAUAA